CUUCCUGCUUCCCGGAGGCUGGGAUCCCGAGCUGCCCGAGGCCGCCGCCGCAGCCCCCGGCGUCCCCGGUCAGCGGUGAGCGGUGAGCGACAUGUCCUUUCGCAAAGUGGUUCGGCAGAGCAAAUUCCGGCAUGUGUUUGGCCAACCGGUCAAGAACGACCAAUGCUACGAGGACAUUCGCGUGUCCCGUGUUACCUGGGACAGCACCUUCUGCGCAGUCAACCCCAAGUUCCUGGCAGUAAUUGUGGAAGCCAGUGGUGGGGGUGCCUUCCUGGUGCUUCCCCUGAACAAGACAGGCCGCAUUGACAAGGCCUACCCAACAGUGUGUGGGCACACGGGACCUGUCCUGGACAUCGACUGGUGUCCCCACAAUGAUGAAGUCAUUGCCAGCGGCUCAGAGGAUUGUACAGUCAUGGUGUGGCAGAUCCCGGAGAAUGGGCUGGCCUCCCCGCUGACAGAGCCAGUGGUGGUGCUAGAAGGGCACACCAAACGUGUGGGCAUCGUGACCUGGCACCCCACAGCCCGGAACGUGCUGCUCAGUGCAGGCUGUGAUAAUGUGGUGCUCAUCUGGAAUGUGGGCACAGCGGAGGAGCUGUACCGCUUGGACACCCUGCACCCUGACCUCAUCUACAAUGUCAGCUGGAACCGCAAUGGCAGCCUUUUCUGCUCAGCUUGCAAGGACAAGAGUGUCCGCAUCAUUGACCCCCGCCGGGGCACCCUGGUGGCAGAGCGGGAGAAAGCCCAUGAGGGGGCCCGGCCCAUGCGGGCCAUCUUCUUGGCAGAUGGCAAGGUGUUCACUACGGGCUUCAGCCGCAUGAGUGAGCGGCAGCUGGCACUCUGGGACCUAGAGAACCUCGAGGAGCCCAUGGCCCUGCAGGAAUUAGACUCCAGCAACGGGGCCCUGCUGCCCUUCUACGACCCCGACACCAGUGUGGUCUACGUCUGUGGCAAGGGCGACUCCAGCAUCCGGUACUUUGAGAUCACAGACGAGUCCCCCUAUAUCCACUUCCUGAACACGUUCACCAGCAAGGAGCCCCAGAGGGGCAUGGGCAGUAUGCCCAAGAGGGGCUUGGAGGUCAGCAAGUGUGAGAUUGCCCGGUUCUACAAACUGCAUGAGCGCAAGUGUGAACCCAUUGUCAUGACUGUGCCAAGAAAGUCUGACCUCUUCCAGGAUGAUCUGUACCCCGACACAGCUGGGCCUGAAGCCGCUCUGGAGGCAGAGGAGUGGGUGAGCGGGCGGGACGCAGACCCCAUCCUCAUCUCACUGCGGGAGGCCUACGUGCCCAGCAAACAGCGGGACCUGAAGGUCAGCCGGCGCAACGUGUUAUCGGACAGCCGGCUCUCCAGCUCCACCCGCCCAGGGUCCUCCAUAUCUGCUGUUGCCAUUGCUGAUGCCACCUCGGGUGGCAGCCUUGUUGGGGCUGGGGAGGCCGGGAAGCUAGAGGAGGUGAUGCAGGAGCUGCGGGCACUGCGGGCCAUGGUCAAGGAGCAAGGGGAGCGCAUCUGCCGCCUGGAGGAGCAGCUGGGCCGCAUGGAGAAUGGGGACGCAUAGGACCACACCAGCGAUGCCACUCCCUCCGUCCCCUCCUCCUCCUUCACACCUUUUCACUCAGCUUCUGCUGGCAGGUCAUAGCGGGUCACUGGCUGCCAAGGGACUCUGGGGCAGGUCAGGGGCCAGUUCCCAUCCCGACCACUGCCUGGCUUUUGUCAUUGUUCUGUGGAGGGUUUUUGUACCAAGGCAAGCUCGCUUGUCCUCUGAGGGACCGUCUGCCCCACCCGCUCACUCCCCUCUGCCUCCCACAGGAAGUGGCAGGGAUGGGCUCUAUAUUUUCAUU